CGGCGCCCAGCGAAGAUGGCGGUGACCGCGCUCGGUGCCCCCCCCACCCCGGCCCCGCCUCACCGGGACCCCCUCAGGGACCGGCCCCGGUCGCGCAUGCGCGGGGCGAGCGCGGGGCGCUUCCGCUUCCUGGACGGCGGGCGGCCCUCAGCGGCACCGGCGGCACCGGGCGGGCCCUCAGCGGCACCGGGCGGCCCGAGCGGGCCCGGAGCGGCACCGGCGCGGCCGCGGAGCCGCCAUGGCGCUGGCGCUGAAGAUGCUGCCCUGCAAGAAGCGCAGAGCGGCGGCGGCGGGGCCGCCGAGCCCGCGGGAGCGCGGGGAGGACGCGGAGCUGCCCGAUGGAGGCGGCUCCGCCAGGCCCGCGGGGAGAGGGCCCGGGGAGGCCUCGCCGAAGAGCGGGAGGAAAACCCCCGGCAGAGCGGCCCCGAGCCCCGGGCAGGAGCUCCCCGCGGGGCCCGGCAGCCCGGCGGCGGCGGAAGGGAAAAUCCCCAAGCUGUACACAGAGGUGGAAGUGAGCUCUCAGAGGGAUCUGUAUCCAGGUGAAAACCCUGCUGCAGUGCCAGAGUCUCCAGGGAGAAGCUCCCUGCAGGUUUCUGCUGCCAGAAAUCCCACCACCAUGAAGCCACCAAAGAGCUCCAGAGCUGAGGAGCAGGACGGGGAGGACGUGGAGAGGAGGAAGAGGAGGAGGAAGGCAACCAAACGCAAGAGAGAAGGGAAAAGCCAGGAAGAAGAGGGCUCCUUGUCCUGUGACAUCAAACUGGACGAGUCCCUGGACCGCACCCUGGAGGAUGGAGCCAAGCAGCACAACCUGACCGUGGUCAACGUCAGGAACAUCCUGCACGAGGUGAUCACAAAUGAACACGUGGUGGCCAUGGUGAAAGCAGCCAUCAGUGAGACAGAAGAUAUUCCUUUGUUUGAGCCCAAAAUGACUCGUUCCAAGCUGAAAGAGGUGGUGGAGAAAGGAGGGGUGAGUAAAUCUGCUCUGAGUGCCAGGCCCCCUCAGUUUGUGGACAUCCCUCUGGAGGAAGAUGAUUCCUCUGAUGAAGAAUACCAGCCUGAUGAUGAAGAGGAGGAUGAGACUGCAGAAGAGAGCUUGCUGGAGAGCGACGUGGAGAGCACAGCUUCUUCUCCUCGUGGAGCCAAGAGGUCCAGGACCAGGCGUUCCUCCGAUGAGGAGGGAGGGACCCUCUGUGAGCAGGAGAAGGUCACCCCUCCUGUUGUUAGACACAUCAGUGCAGAAGUGGUUCCCAUGGGACCCCCACCACCCCCCAAGCCCCCGCAGAGCAAGGACAGCACCUUCAUGGAGAAGCUGCACGCCGUGGAUGAGGAGCUGGCCUCCAGCCCUGUCUGCAUGGACUCCUACCAGCCCCUGGAGGACAGCCUGAUUGCCUUCAGGACCCGCUCCAAGAGGCCCCUGAAGGACGUGCCCCUGGGGCAGCUGGAGGCCGAGCUGCGCGCGCCCGACAUCACCCCCGACAUGUACGAGCCCAGCGCGGGCGACGACGAGCACUGGGCCAGGUGGCUCAGGGGGCUCAUGGAUGAUGAUGUGGACAACGAAGAUGAAGCUGAUGAUGAUGAUGACCCUGAGUACAAUUUCCUGGAAGAUCUGGAUGAGCCAGACACUGAAGAUUUCAGGAAUGACCGUGCUGUGAGGAUCACCAAAAAGGAAGUGACUGAGCUGAUGGAGGAGCUGUUUGAGACAUUCCAGGGUGAGAUGGGUUUCUCCAGCAUGAAAGAGGAAAGGCCAGAAGAUGAAGAUGCUGUUACAGAACCUCGGCCAAAUUUUAACACCCCCCAGGCCCUCAGAUUUGAGGAGCCUCUGGCCAAUUUGCUGAACAAGCAGCACCAGACAGUGAAGGAACAGCUGGAGCAGCUGAGAAUUAAAAAAUCUUCAAUCAAAGCCCCCCAGGAGGCUGAAAAAUCCAAAUCCCAAAAUGAAAAACCCCUGCAGAGCCUUGUCCUGGACAGUGCCCAAAGGAAGAGGCUCCAGCAGCAAAUGCAGCAGCACGUCCAGCUCCUGACUCAAAUCCAUCUCCUGGCAAGCUUCAACCCUGCUCUGAGUUCAGAGGCCAACACCACCCAGAUGUUUUUGAGCGAGCUGGGCAGCUUUGCCUGCAGCUCCACCCUGCACCAGGCGCCCCAGAACCCCAAAUUCCAGACCAUGUUCCAGCCCUGCAACUUGCAGGGGGCCCUGCAGCUCCUGGAGGAUUUCCAUGCCCAGGUGCCCGUGGACUGCAGCCCUAGGAAGGCUGUGAAGAGUGCAAACGAAUUCUGCUGUUUGCCAAAGCAAGUGGCCUGGAUUUUGGCAACCAGGAAGGUUUUCAUGUACCCAGAGCUGCUGCCCAUCUGUGCCUUGAGAGCAAACCCUCCCCGAGACAAGAUUGUCUUCACCAAGGCAGAGGACAACUUGCUGGCUUUGGGGCUGAAGCAUUUUGAAGGGACGGAGUUCCCCAAGCCUCUGAUCAGCAAAUAUCUGCUGCCCACCAAAACUGCCCAUCAGCUGGCAGUGAGGAUCAAGAACCUGACCAUGAACAGGGCCCCCGACAACAUCAUCAGGUUCUACAAGAAGACGAAGCAGCUGCCGGUGCUGGUGAAGUGCUGUGAGGAAAUCCAGCCCCACGAGUGGAGAGCUCCAGUGGACAGGGAGGAGCAUUGCCUGCCCUUCUGGCUGAAGGCAAGCUUGCCCUCCAUCCAGGAAGAGCUGAAGCAGCUGGCAGAAGAUGCCAAGGAGACAGCAGCUUCAGCUGAUGGAGAAUCUGCCCUUUUGGGGCCAGAAAAGGAGACUCCAGGCAGGGCAGGAGAUGACAAAUACCCUCUGCUGAUGCCCAAGGGGCUCGUGCUCACCCUGAAACCUUUGGGCAACCGCUUCUCCAGGAGGGCCUGGAGGAGGCAGAGGUCUUCAGCUCUGAAGCCUGUCCUGAUUCGUCCCAGUCCCUGCGUGCAGCCCAGCUCCAGCCCCCUGAGUGUCCCAAAAGCUCAGAAGCUGUCCCAGGCAGAGGCUGCCCCCGGCAGGGUGCGGCUCCGCGUCCCUCGGCCCAUCCAGCCCGCGCCGCCGCCCCUCGGCGUGCCGGCCGUGCUGGCAGCUGGGGAUGCCCUGGACUUCCAGAGUGUUCUUCCCACCGGCCAGCCAAGCUCCAGACAAGCCUUCCCAGCUGCUGUAGCCCCAGCUGUGGUGUCCUCAGAGCAGGUGACUUUCCAGCCCAAGCUGAUGCUGCCGACGGCGGCCGGGAUGAAGGCGCGCAAGCCGUGCGUGCGGAAGGGCUACCAGAGGAAAAAAGGGACAAGGUGUGCCCCGGUGAUCAAACCUUCCCCUCUGAUCCAGCCCUCCCCCGUCAUCCUGACCGUCCCUGCCACCACGGUGAAGGUGCUGAACAUCGGCAAUGGCUGCAACAUGAUCCAGCCCCUGAACACGGCCGUGGGCCGGGGCGCUCAGGCCAUCCCUGUCACGACGCUGCUGGUGAACCCCUCCACCUUCCCCUGCCCCCUGAGCCAGCCCCUGGUGACCUCUUCCAUCCCGUCCCUGAUCGUCUCUCCCAGCCCCGUUGGUCUGGCUGCUCCUGCUGGGGGUGAAGGGGAGGAGCAGCUGACCCUGCUCCCUGCUCCGGCUGCUUUUCCCAAGGUGGAGCCCAAGGCAGAGCCCCCGGAGCUCUUUGUGCCCUGCUCCAGCCUGUCCCCAAAGGAGGAGUGUGGCACGAGCCCUGCCCUUGGGGACACUGGGGACAAGGGCAACGAGGGUGACUGCUGCAGCUGGGCGCUGGCAGAGGGGGAUGGCAGCACAGCAGAGCCUCUGCCGGUGGUGGAGCUCUUGCCUCACUUGGAAGGUCCUGAUGAAUCGGUGGAAAUCAAGUCUGAAGAUUCAGGUGAUGCUCCCAAAGAAGCCAGCGUGGUGCAGAAAAGAGAUCUGUUGUGUGCUGAAAGGAAGGAGGAGUUCCUGCUGGGCCUCGGCCAGGAGCUGAGCGUGGAGGCUGCUUGUUCCUGCGGGGAUGAGCCCAAGAAGGAGCACUGUGAGGAGAAGGGAGAGGAGGAGCGCCAGGCUGUGCCCUCCCCUCCCCAGGGGGAGCCCCCAGGCUCCCCAAAACCCCUGCCUUACCCAGCCGAGAGGGAGGCAGAGUUCAGCAGCCCCCCAGGGAGGCCAGAGGACUCCUCCAGCAUCGACGGGCAGUCCGUGGGGACCCCAGCUGGCCCCGAGGCUGCAGGGGACAGGGAAGGGCAGGAGGAGGAGGAGGAGGAUGAUUUUGAUGAUUUCACACAAGAUGAGGAUGAGGAGAUGUCGUCGGCUUCAGAAGAGUCCGUUCUGUCAGUGCCAGAGCUGCAGGUAAAGAUAAAACUUGAAUUAAAAAAGGGGCAGCUGUGGGUGUCCUGAAACAGCUGUGGAGUCAGGGACCCUCUGGGGACCC